UCGGCAUCAGACCACGGCACAUUUUAAUAUGUCAUAGCAAUAUUGUAACGUUAAACAUCAUAACUAUACAAUACGCGAUAUCGUAACAGUAGUCCGUCUGCCGUACACUAAACACACCGGGUGAGCUCCGAACGCGGUCCGGUCACCGUGCCCGUGUGCAUUAAACAACAAUAAAUUAAUAUUACAAAAUAAUUCGUCUCUGUCAGUUUUCCCCAGGAUUCGUUGAACAACGCGCGCGCACAUCACACAACACUUGCAGUUUUCGUCAAUAGACCGGAACCGGAAACUAGAGGACGGGCGCAGGAUCUACGCUGUCGCGCCAUGGAAGACGGCCGCACAAUGAAACUCGGCGCCGACCGACUGGACGUGAACGACUUGCCGGACAUCGGGAACCGUUUUGAGCUCGGAAAAAUUCUUGGCUCGGGGAUAUUCAGUAAUGUUUACUCGGCCGUCGACAGUGAAUCGGGAAAAAAUGUCGCGAUCAAAAUUCAAAAACUCAACGAAUGUUCGACUAGCGAAAAAGACACCAACGAAGAGUAUCGGAUAUUGAGAGAUCUAUCGUCGCAUCCAAACAUACCCGACUUUUACGGCGCUUACACCAACAAUAAUGCUGCUGAAUUGUGGUUUGUCAUGGAGAUGUGUGAAGGAGGAACUGUCGUGGACUUGGUCAAUGGUCUAUUGUUACAAAACAAAAAAAUGAAAGAAGAACAUAUCGGUUACUUACUUAGAGAACUGAUCAAGGCCUUGUGUUUUUUACACAACAAUCACGUGAUUCACAGAGACAUCCGAGGCUCGAACGUGCUGUUGACUAAGAAUGGGGAAGUGAAGUUGGUAGAUUUCGGUCAAUCCAGGGAACUACAGAGUCCGGAAUAUAAAGCUAAAACGGGAGUCGGAUCUCCUGCAUGGAUGGCACCAGAAGUAGUUUUGGCUGAAUACAAAGACAGCUCAAGCGAAGAACCAUCAUAUUACGAUCAGAAAAUCGACGUGUGGGCUGUCGGAAUUACUGCUAUUGAGUUAGGCGACGGUAAGCCACCGUACCUCGACAUCCACCCAACGAGGGCGUUGUUCCAGAUUGUUAGAAAUCCGCCCCCAGGACUAUCAAAACCGUCGAACUGGUCACAAUUGUUUAAUGACUUCAUUGCCGAGUGUUUGGAAAAAAAUCCUGAUCACCGUCCAUACAUGGAAGAGCUUUUAGAACAUCCGUUUAUAACGCAAGUUCCAGAAAAUGUACAACAAGAAGUCAAGUCAGUGAUGUCAUCAAUUGUUGACGACGUGACAUCUAUUCGAAAACCAGAAGUCAGAAUCAUAAAAAAUGGAUACUUAAAAGUGAAUCAAAAAGAAGCUGCCAGACCCAUGCAUCUGGAAGAUUUAGCCGCGUUGAAAGUGGUGUCCGAAGAGGCUGUUCUCGACGAAUUGCAAAAUCGCCAUAUGAAUGGUUUGAGCUACACGUUUGUCGGUGACGUGCUGUUGUACGUGAAUCCAAAUCGAGAUGAGCCUAUCUACGAAAAAAAGUAUCAUUAUCGUUAUCAAUUCAAAUGCCGAUCCGACAAUGCRCCUCACAUAUUUAGCGURGCCGAUGCAGCUUAUCAAGACAUGYUACACCACGAACAGCCACAACACAUAUUGAUGGCGGGUGAAACUAAAUCAGGGAAGUCGUUGAAUUAUGGGAAAUUAAUAGAACACUUGCUGUUUUUGGGAGAGCAAAACCACAACAAAGUGAACGACAUUGGUUUGAAGAUAAAGUGCGCAAUAGAUACAAUUCAAGCAUUCGGGAACGMGGCCAAUAAAUAUCACAUAAACUCCACUCGGCACGUUAAUCAGACGCAAAUUACAUACUCGUCGACUGGCAAGAUCAGUGGGGCCAUAUUUUUCAUCUACCAGUUAGAGAAAUGGAGAGUAACAAACACCAAGAGUAAUGGACAAAAGAAUUUCCACGUGUUCUACGAUUUUCUGGAGGCGGCCAAAGCUGAUCACGUUCUCAAGCAAUACCACUUGGAGGAGGACCAUCGGUAUCGGUACUUAGUGGGUGACGGUUCAGACGAGCGAUAUCGUCACCAGCCCAAUUCCAACGUGAAAAACUUCAACAAACUGUUGACUUGCAUGAAGGAAACAUUGGAGUUUACUGACGAACAGUUGAACACAACCUGGCGGAUUUUGGCAGCCAUACUUAAUCUUGGCGAGCUAAGCGUUUCCGACGAUGAUGAUGGUGAGAYAAAGAUCGAAAACAUCGAACUACUCACAAAGAUCGCGGAAUUGUUGGAAGUGGACUCGAAGAAACUGAGCUGGUCGUUUUUGAAUUACUGCGUAGUGGUCAAUGGCACUGCGGUUCGUCGUAAGCAGACGGUUUCGGGGGUGUACGAUUGCUUGCGAGUGUUCUCCCAGAUAUUGUACGCUAGACUGUUCGAUUGGAUAGUGAACGUCAUCAAUAUGAAACUAUCGUUCACCAGAGCUAUAUUUGGAGACACGCACGUGAUCUAUUUGAUGGACUCGUUCGGUUUCGAAUGUUUCCAUCAAAACAAUUUGGAUCAACUUUACGUCAACUGUCUUAAUGAACAACUCCAGUACCAUUACAAUCAACGGAUAUUCGCGUGGGAAAUGCAAGACUUGGAGGAAGAGGGCAUGGACCAGUACAGCAUGCAAUACCGAAACAAUAAACCGAUAAUAGAUGCACUUAUGAAUAACCCAGAUGGACUUUUUUACAUGUUUGACGAUGCUACAAAAAAUUGUGAAGAAAACUGUGAAUACAUCACAAUAACUGUGUGCAGAGAGAAGACUUUAAUGGUAAAAAAUAAAAAUAGCAAAAUCAGUCGAUGGGGCGCUGCGUUGAUGUCAGAAAAAACACCGAUUCGAAAAUACAACACGGAAUCCCGUGGGGAAUAUUCACAAACACGACGCAUGCGCACUGCGUCUGCGGUGUAUCGGUCGAGCAGCAUGGAAAUCUUGCGAUCUCUAGCCGACACGGCCGAGCACAAGAACGGUGUGCACUUUGUCCGAUGUAUGCGAGCGACGCUUACCGAUGAGCCACUUGGCUUCCAACCGGAAGUAGUCAGGCAGCAGCUCAAGGCGUUAUCAGUCGUCGAGACAGUGUCUGCCCGACAGGACGGUUACUCGUGCCGGAUAUCAUUCCACGAGUUCAUACAGAGGUACAAGUUUUUGGCAUUUGAUUUUUACGAAAACGUUGAAGUCACCAAGGAAAACUGUCGACUAUUGUUGAUUCGUUUGAAAAUGGAAGGAUGGCUAAUUGGAAAGAGCAAAGUUUUUCUGCGGUACUACAACGAGGAAUAUUUGUCCAGGCUCUACGAGACCCAAGUGAAAAAAGUUAUAAAAGUACAGUCAAUGCUCCGAGCAUUCAUUACGAAAAGGAAAAUUGCACCGCAGUUGAUUAAACAACAAUCUGCGAAUAAUCGAAAAUAUUCAACUAUUCAAGAGGAGGCAGCAUUAGUUAUACAAAAACAUUAUAAGGGAUAUCAAGUACGAAAUAAAAACAGUUCGACAAAAGUCGACAAACUUAAUGCCGUGGGACGUAAAAAACUAAAGAUGAUUAUUAAUAAAUGGAAAGGMAAAUCAAUCUAUCAAAUCGUAUUGUUGGAUCGAGCCAAUAAACUUCAAGACGUUGUAUACUUUUCAUUGCAGGUGCAUUUGUAUAACCAACACGCGAUUAGUAGUUUAAACAACAUGAACCACCGACCGGUUAUGCUGAAAGAUGUCAUGAGCACGACCAGCGUAAACGAAUUCUUGGGCAGCAAGAGGUGUUAUUUGUACAAGAUACCGUUCCAAUUGAAUCAGAUGGAAACGGAAACCAAUCAGAAUAACACGAUGGACGAAAAUUGUUUCGGUAUACUGAACAAUGUGGAUGAUUGCAAUUGGGACUCUCCUCUGAAUCGUUUUCCUGAAGCUCGUACUACAUUUAAAAUUUUGAAACACUCGUUCGCUGUUCGAGACCAAAGCGUACAAGUAGAUAUUGCUCAAGCAGUACGAUUUUCCAAUACCAACAACAGUCAACAGCAAUAUUCUGAGAACAAUCGUAUGUAUCAAAAACAGGAUGAAAAACCAAUUAGAAAAUCUGUGAGUGACAACAGAUAUAGUAUGAAAGAGAAAAAUGAUUCCAAAGUGAUCACUACAGCGAAUAAAUCAAACAUAAAAAAACCAUCAGAUAAAUUAAAUCCUGUUCUUGAACUUCAAACAAAAGGUAAACAAUACCAGUCGGACUACGUAGAUGAAGACGAUCCUCCUUACAAUUUUCAGGCAAUUUUGAAAAAGACCAACUACAAACGUUCGUCUAUGGACGGUCGGACCAUAGAGUUCUCGUCGGAAAAGUCCAAUGGUGAAAGAAUGACGGACAAGGGGCACGCCGGCGGACGACCGGUGACACGGAUAGGAGAAGAUUACGGUUAUAGGUCGGACGCAGACAACGUGAAACGGUCAAAGGAUUACAAGAACGAGCUGAACCAUCAACUGUCUAGAGCAACGAGGACUGAGAUCAUACCAGGAGUAAUGCUAGAGGGCUCUUCUUGCGACCUUUAAUCCAGUUGCUCACCAUUGACGUCGCAAAAAUUAGUUAUUAUAUCAUAUUAUUAUUAUUAUUAUUGUUAUUAUUAUUUAUACAGUAUUAUAAACGGGAUAGGUACGGAUACAUUUGUACGUUCGCAUUCUAGACACUAAAUAUAGUUAUAACUUUAUAAGUAUAGAUAUAGUAUUAGUUGUGAAAUCGUGUUAACGUCAUUUUUGUGACCUUCCGACUACAUUAAAUUUGUCCUUAUAUUCACAAGUCACAGCUGAUUGUGUAACUCACCUUACCGAUUACGUUUUAAUCAAAGUAACAGCCGAACAUUUUCAAAUAUAAACACUUAAAACUUUAUCAUAUAUAUUAACUUAUACCAGGCACUUAUAUUGAUUGUUG